AUGUCCGAAGAUGUCCUUGAUUCGAUGCUGGACCUCAUGCGGAGGCUACCUCCAACGCGUGUCGAGGAGAAUGUAGCUCUCCUCUGUGAGAUGUGUCCCGACUAUGCCGAUGACCUCCUGGGUAGCGUUGACCAACCCCUUCAAGUACGGCAUGACAAAGUGACGGGUAAAGAGUACCUCAUUUGUGACUACAAUCGAGAUGGAGACUCUUAUCGAUCACCAUGGUCGAACGAGUACGACCCACCCCUCGAGGAGGGCACGCAACCCUCAGUCAAGCUCCGAAAGCUGGAAGUAGCCGCCAAUGAGGCGUUUGAUACGUACAGGGAGAUGUAUUUUGAGGGUGGUGUAUCCUCGGUUUUCUUAUGGGACCUAGAUGACGGUGGAUUUGCCGGAGUUGUCCUUCUCAAGAAAACCCUGCCCGCCCCAUCACCGAAUGAACCAUCGGGUUCGUGGGAUUCUAUACACGUUUUUGAAGCCAACGAGCGUGGCCGAACAGCACACUACAAACUUACAAGCACCGUAAUGCUUCAGCUCAAAGUCAAGAGUGAAGCAUCGGGAGAAGUCGAUUUGAGCGGAAGCAUGACUCGCCAGCAAGAGGAGGAUCGGCCACUACCCGACCCUGCAGCGCACAUCGCCAAUACAGGGCGCAUGGUAGAAGAAAUGGAGCUGAAAAUGCGUAAUUUACUUCAGGAAGUCUAUUUCGGCAAGACACGGGACGUUGUAUUCGAUCUUCGCAGUGUCGAAAGCCUCGACAAGCAGAGGAAGCAGCGCGAGCUUCAGAAGGAGUUGGUUGGGUUGCUAAAACGGUAA